GAACCUUUGAGUGUUCGUCUUUCAUCCGCCGGAGGGAAUCGCGUACGGGACCGAGCUCUCACAAGAUGGCGGGUGUGCUUUAGGAAGCAGGUGGAGUGGAAUCGAUUGAAACUUGGGUGACUGGUCGGUAAAGGAGUUGUCACCAGGAUCGAGCAAGAUGUCGAUGUCACAUCUGUAUGGGAAAGACGGUAUUGAUGAUGAUGAUGUGGAGGUGGAGCGGUUUGAAAUUUCAGACUGGGACUUGGAAAAUGAAUUCAAUCCGGAUCGUGUUCGCCACCGACAGACAAAGGAGGAUGCAAUCUACGGCAUGUGGGCUGAGAAUGACUCUGAUGAUGAAAGGCCAAGCUUUGGAGGGAAACGAUCCAAAGAUUACACGGCUCCAGUGAACUUCAUCAGUGCUGGACUCCGUCGAACAGCAGCUGAAGAAAAUGAAGAGAAGGACUCUGAUGAAUCUGAUGAAGAGAAAGUUAAGAGAGAAGAAUUUCCAAAAGAGUUUGCACCAAAGAAACUGAAAACUGGUGGUUUUUUCAAAUCUCAUUCAAAAGGAUUCACUGGAGGACAUCGAACUAAUCAGGAAAUUGGCACCUGGGAAAAACACACUAGAGGGAUUGGACAGAAACUGCUGCAGAAGAUGGGUUAUGUGCCUGGAAAAGGUCUUGGAAAGAAUGCUCAAGGCAUUGUGGCGCCAAUUGAGGCAAAGAUGAGGAAGGGGAAAGGAGCAAUUGGUGCUUAUGGAUCUGAACGAACAGAACAAUCACUGAAAGACUUUCCUAUUGUCGACUCGGAUGAGGACGCUGAUGAGGAGUUCCAGAAGGAAAUGAGCCAAUGGCGGAAAGAUCCUACCGGUGGGAAGAAGAAACCCAAGUACAACUACAAGACUGUGGAGGAGUUAAAGGCAAAGGGAGCAUCAAGCUUGGGUAGGAAAAUGGCUACACCACAGACUGAACUCUCUCAGGUUAAGGUUAUAGACAUGACGGGAAAAGAACAGAAAGUUUAUUACAGUUACAGUCAAAUAAAUCAGAAGCACGAUAUUCCUGAUGAUGCACAGUCUCCGGGCAAAGAUGCCAAGACAGAGGGCUUUUCACUUCCGGAGCUGGAGCACAACCUGGAGCUGCUGAUUGAAAUGACUGAGCAGGAAAUCAUCCAGAAUGACCGUCAGCUGCAGUACGAGAGGGACAUGGUGGUCAACAUCUCCCAUGAGAAUGAGAAGCUCACUGAAAUCCUUGCGCACGAGGGGAAGAUCAUAGACAAGCUCAGCCACAUCUUGCAGAUUGUGGAGGAUUGCGAGGAGAGAUUGCAGCCCAACUGCGAAAAUCCACUGACGCUAGAAGAAUGUGCAAAAAUUUUUGAACUGUUGCAGGAGAAAUAUUUCGAAGAAUAUAAGAUGUUUGACCUGGCAGAACUCUCCAUUGCCAUUGUAUUUCCACUGCUGGGAGAAUACUUUAAGUCCUGGAAUCCCUUGCAGGAUAACAAAUAUGGUUUAGAGGUCAUGUCUAAGUGGAGGAAACUUCUUGAACGAGACCAGCUGCAACAUGGAGGUUGUGAUAUGCUGUCAAUGGACCCGUACCACAGGUUGAUGUGGGAAGUGUGGAUGCCAUCUGCACGCAACGUUGUAUCCCAGUGGUUGCCCCGGAACUGUGCCCCCAUGGUUGAUUUCCUGGAAAACUGGAUGCCUGUGAUCCCUCUUUGGAUUUUGGACAAUAUUCUUGAACAGUUUGUUUUUCCUAAAUUACAGCGUGAGGUUGAAAACUGGAACCCAUUAACAGACACAGUCCCCAUCCAUGCAUGGAUUCACCCAUGGCUGCCACUAAUGCAGAUGCGCCUUGAACCACUGUAUUCGCCGAUCCGCAAUAAGCUUUCCAAUGCAUUACAGAAGUGGCAUCCCAGUGACUCAUCUGCAAAGCUGAUCCUGUUGCCUUGGAAAGAUGUGUUUACACCAGGAUCCUGGGAAGCUUUUAUGGUUAAAAAUAUUGUUCCAAAAUUGGGAAUGUGUUUGAAUGAAUUUGUAAUCAAUCCUCACCAGCAACAUAUGGACGCCUUCCACUGGGUAAUGGACUGGGAAGACAUGAUCUCACCAUCCAGCCUCAUUGGAUUGCUUGAGAAGAAUUUUUUUGGGAAGUGGCUACAGGUGUUAUGUUCAUGGCUCAGUAAUAGCCCUAACUAUGAAGAGAUCACUAAGUGGUACCUGGGCUGGAAGUCCAUGUUCUCUGACCAAGUGUUGGCCCACCCGACGAUCAAGGAGAAGUUUAAUGAAGCACUGGACAUUAUGAACCGGGCUGUCACCUCCACUGUUGGUGGCUACAUGCAGCCAGGAGCUCGAGAAAACAUUGCCUACCUCACCCAUACAGAGCGGCGGAGGGACUUCCAGUACGAGGCAAUGCAGGAGCGCCGUGAGGCUGAGAAUAUGGCACACCGUGGCAUUGGAGUUACAUCUACCUCCAUACCAAUGAACUUCAAGGACCUGAUCCAGGCCAAGGCUGAAGAGCACAAUAUAGUCUUUAUGCCUUUGAUGGGCAAACGUCAUGAGGGAAAACAGCUCUAUACCUUUGGGCGCAUUGUCAUCUACAUUGACAGAGGGGUUGUGUUUGUACAAGGAGAGAAAACUUGGGUGCCAACAUCACUUCAGAGCCUCAUUGAUAUGGCUAAGUAAUACAAACAGGAGGUGAGGAAGAUCUGCUGUUCUCUUUUUCACUCUAUUUUGUAAUGAUCACUUACUCCCUGACCGCAGUUUUGCAAGAUUUUCAGCAGUUUAUUUAGGGAACGGUGUGAUAGGAAAAGAGACUCUCACAGUAUGGAAAGAUCUUCACUCCACAUGAUCCUUUGGUUGUUCCUCAUAGAAAUUAAUACAGACUCCAAUAAGUGGUUCUUUGUUACUUGUAGCAUUUUUCAAGUGUGAAAUACUAUGUUUGUUUUAAUAUCUUUUUAUUUAUGAACAACAAGCUCAGUAUUCUGAUGUCAAAGUGGUAUUGAUUUCUAAAUUUUAACCUCAGUAAAGUUUUCAGAGUGGGAGCUGCAAAGAUCAUUAAACGAGUCAGUUCAUGAUGGAACAAUGGAUUGAACGAUUUCACUGAUAGUGUGGCACAUCUCCUAACAUCAGGAACCAUGCUGACUGCAACACUAUUGUCUUUACAUAUUCCAGGAUAGGUUUUUCAUAUUUGUUCUGUCUGAUCUUUAAACUAGUGACAAAACAAAGUUCAGAACAUAGAACAGUACAAUGCAGGAGCAAAUUCAUUGGCCAACACUGUCUGUGCUGACCAUUAUGCCAAAUUAGCUACUCGUUAUGUAAUAAAAAACUAGCCAGACAUCUCCCUUAAACUUACCCCUUCUCACUUUAAAGCUAUGCCCCUGACACUUUUACCCGAGGAAAGAGACUAUCUACCCAGUCUGUGCCUCAUAACUUCUAUCAGAUCUGCCCUCAGCUUCCAGCACUGCAGGAAAACAAUCCAUGUCCACCGAACCUCUCCUUCUAGCUAAUGCUGCCUCAUCGAGACAGCAUCCUGGACGUCAUCGGCGGCACGCUCUCCAAAUCCACCACAACGUUCCUGUAAUAGGGUGACCAGACGACAGUACUCAGGGCAGUGUGGUAGCGUAGUGGUUAGCAAAUUGCUUUACAAGACUAAUGGCCCAGGUUCAAUUCCCACCGCUGUCUGUAAGGAGUUUGUACGUUCUUACUGUGACCGUGUGGGUUUCCUCCAGGUGUUCCCACAGUCCAAAGACAAAGAUCAUUGUAAAUAGUCCCAUGAUUAGACUAGGAUUAAAUCGGGAGGGUGAGGGGGUGCUGGGCAGUGUGGCUUGAAGGGCUGGAAGGUCCUAUUCUGUGCUGUGUCUCAGUGCAGCCUGAUUAAAGUUUUAUACAGUAACAACAUGACUUCCUGACUUUUAUAUUUAAUGCUCUGACUGUUGAAGGUAAGCAUGCCAUAUGUCUUUCUUUAACACCAUGUCUUCAUGUAUUGCCACUUUCAGAGAGCUAUGGACUUGGAUCCCAAGAUCCCUAUGUACAUCAAUGCUCAUAAGGGUCCUGCCAUUUACUAUACAUUCCCCUUACAUUUGACCUGCCAGAGUGCAACAAGUCUCACUUGCCUGAAUUAAACUCUGCCUGCCAUUUCUGCAUCCUUAACUGCAACUGAUCUAUAUUCUGCUAUAUCUUUUCAAGACCUUCUUCACUAUCCACAAUUCCACCGUGUUUUGUGCCAUCUGCAGUUCCUCCAGCGUUUUGUGUGUGUAGUCCACCUACAAGUUUGUCCAAGUCAUUUAUGUCUAUAUCACAAACAACAGAGUGGGAUCUCCGACCAACAACCAGGGAACAUAGCCCAAAAUUUAAAGCUACUGAUCACUCAUCUCAGUAGAACAUCACUGGCUAUGGACCUUUAGUCAGAAUGACACCCUACCACUACGACCCUCUUGUAUGGCCAGGACAAUUCAAACUCCAAACUACCAAGUGACUAUGGAUCCCAUGAAUCCUAAUCUUCUGUAUCAGCCUGCCAUGAAGGACUUUGUCAAAAUCUUACUAAAUAUAUGUAGGCAAUCUUCUUUGAUUAUCUUUGUCACCUCCAAAACGACAAUCAAGUUUGUAAGAUGUUACCUGCCCUGCAAAAAGCCAUGCUAACCACAGUUUUCCAAAUGUGAAUAAAUUGUGUGCCUAAGAAUCCUCUGCAACUCCACUGCUGUGAACUUAGGUGGAUGGAUCAUGCUGCACUGGGUCAGUUUCAGCAUUACUAAACACUUGCUGAUUUUGCUUGUGUUUUAGUGUCGCAGGCAGAGAAAACUAACCUUACUCUCAGAGACACCAAUUGUUAAUGAAAUGUACCACUAAUGUAAGAGAUGAAAGCUGCCGUCAAUUGAGGUCAUACCUGUAAGCAUAUCUUUCCCUUCUAUCAACUUGGUUCGUUAGAUGAGCAAUGCCUGAAUUCUGAUAUUAUCAGAAUAAUUAUUAGUAUACCUUUUUUGAAUACAUGAUCUGUAUAAGAAAUCCUCUUAAACCUUGUGUGUCAUUCGUACUUAAAUGUCACAGAUUUUUCAUUAACAAAAUGGGAACAAAUCCCACCCACAUGUCUAUGGAAAAAGCUGAACGGGCCAAAUGGCUUAAUUCUGUCUGAAUAUUUGAUGGGCUGAGGAAAGAAAAGUAUCACUACGUUCUAUUUUUUUAGCCUUGGUAAUGAUGGUAUCUGCAGUACUUUAAGUAAGGAAUCAAAGAUGUUCAACUUAAAACUUUUCAUUAGCAACUGUAAUUAGUUCAUAAUAAAUUUUAAGGUAAUAUGCAGCUAUUUGACUUAUGAAACAUUUGAUUAAACACUUCAUUUAAAUGAGUCAUUUCAACCAGUUCGUUCAGUGCUGCAAUGGAUGAUUCAUGACCUCCCCUCAUAUUCCUUAAUGAAAUCACUCUCUGGCAAUCUCAUUUUAAAAACUAUCUUCAGAAGCGAAUUUUGAAUUUCAAUCACGGUUUCUGUUUUGAAGUAUUUUCCAACUUGAAAGGCCUAGCUUUAUGUUUUGGGGCUGUAUUCCCUGGUCCUUGAUCCUCGGGUAGUUUUUGCCUAAUAUCUUUUAAAAAACUUAGAUCAAAUAAGCCCUCAAUCUUCAAAAUUACAGAAAAUGCAACAUUAUUUUGAACAAUUCUUCUUUGGAGUCCAAAUACUUCGGUGAGUAUACUCUGUAGUCCUCAGCCCCAUAUAAACUAGUGUCAUAAAAUAUGAUAAUCUCCAAGUUUUCCAUUGGAUUAUUAAAACAAUACUUGUGUAUGGAAUGGAUUACAAUUUAGGACAGUACUUAGCACAAAUAAUAAAUCAAUCUUCUUCUUUUUGCCUAAAGAAAACAAACUCCUUUAAAUUUCAAAGGAUAAAAAAUAAAAGUUAUCUUCACACAUCCACAUUGCCCAUAAAUAUUUAUUUAGCAGUACUUUGAAACUUAAUGUACUCUGCCUUUGCAUUGUUAAGGAUUGUUGCAAGUUGCAGGUUUUAAUAUUUUUCCGGUUGUUCAUGCAAACCCUCCAGAAAAAUCUACUGGUCUGAAGUAACAGUGGGUUUGUCUUUUCGGCAGACUAUAUUGUAGUAGGUUCAUGGGUCCUAGGAAAGAUUAAAUAGGAGAUAGUGAUCCUAGGGUCACUAUCUUGUUCAAAGAAAGAUUCUAAACUUUACUGUUUUUAAUUUGUAUAUACAUUCAGUGGCCAGUUUAUCAGGUACAGGAGUGGAACCUGGUGUAAUCUGCUGCUGUAGCCCAUCUACAUGUCAACAUGUUCUCCGUUCAAAGAUGCUCUGCUGCACACCACUGUUCAAAUAAAAUUUAUUAUCAGAGUACAUACAUGUACAUAAAUCACUGAGAUUCUUUUUCUUACAGACAUACUUAGCAAAUCUAUAGAACAGUAACUGUAAACGAUCAAUGGACAGCAAACUGCAAAUGCAAAUAAAUAAAUAAAUAGCAAUAAAAAACGUGUAUGAAAUAACAAUAUACCAUCCAUCAAUAUAACAGUGUCCAUAAAUGAGUGUAGCUACCCGCUUUUGUUCAAGAUCCUGUUGGUUGAGGGGUAGUAACUGUUCAUGAACCUGGUGGUGUAAGUCCUCACGCACCUGUUUCUUCUACCUGAUGGCAGCAGCAAGAAGAGAGCAUGGCCUGGGUGGUGAGGAUCUUUGAUGAUGGAUACCUCUUCUACAGCAACGUUUCAAGUAGAUGUGCUCGAUGUUUGGGAGGGUUUUACCCAUGAUGUACUGGGCAGAUUCAUUAGCUUUUGUAGGAUUUUCCGCUCAAAGGCAUUGGUGUUCCCACACCAAGCCAUAUUGCAGCCAGUCGGUACACCUUCCACCACACUGUUGUAACGUGGUUAUUAGAGUUCCUAUUGCCUUCCUCUUCGAUUGAAACAGUACGGCCAUUCUCAGACCACUCUCAUUAACAAGGCAUUUACAUCCACAAAAGUGUCCCACUCUGAAUGUUUAUUUUUGUUUUUUGCACCAUUCUCUGUAAAUUAUUGAGACUGUUGUGCAUGAAAAUCCCAGGAGAUCAGCUGUUUCUGAGGUACUCAAACCACCGCAUCUGGCACCAACAAUAAAAUCCACUGAGAGCACAUUCCUUCCCCACACUGAUGUUUGAUCUGAAUAAUUGAACCACUUGGCCAUGUCUUCAUUGCUGCCACAUCAUUGACUGAUUAGGUAUUUGCAUUAACAAGAAGGUGUACCUUCCAACAAUACCAAAUAGGGCAGUCAAAGGAUUAGGCUUAAAAUUUACUUUAAAGAGUACAGAAAAAGUUUGGAAUACUUCCUUCCAAUAUUUUCCAAGACUUGGGCACGUCCAAAACAUAUGAAUAAGUGAAGCUUCUCCAUUGUUACACCUAUCACAGUAGGGAGAUACAUCCCUAUAAAAAUGAGAUAAUUUAUCCUCGGUCAUAUAAGCCCUAUGAACCACUUUAAAUUGUAGAAGGGAAUGACGAGCUCAUAACGAUGAAAUAUUAACCAAUUUAAAAAUCUCAUUCCAAGUUUCUUCAGAAAUUGAGGUCUGUAAAUCUUGUUCCCAAAGAUUUCUGAGAUCUUAUUGGCAAGGCUGUCAUUUAUGAUCUAAAAUACUUCGUGAUACUUGAGGAAAUGUAUUAAUUUCUUGAAUCUACAAUCCUGUUUUUGCGGUGGGAAUUCCAGAAUUUAAACUGAAUGAAUUAAAAAAUUCCCAUUAAUGUAUUUUAUUUUCUAUUAAAUGUAUGACUGUUUUCUUCGCCCUUUUUGGGAUUUGUUUAAAACCUUCCCAUUCCCUCACUGACGCAUCUUUUUUAAAUGCUCCUAAGCAGUCUCUAGGUCAAGGGUGGUGAACCUUUUUGGGAACGUGUGCCCAAAUUGGUGAUAUUGUUCUAAUAUUCUCUCAUGUGCAGAAAUUAUAGAUUCAUGAAUUAGUAACAAUAAAUA